CUUUGUCACCAUUUUUAAGAUGGUGGUGAACUAUCAUAGGAGUCCUGCACAAUAAUUUAAGGUUACCGUAAAAAGCUAAUUCUCAUGGGGGUAUUUUGGUCAUUACAAACAUUGGCAUCCAGUCAAAGGACCCAAACCAUUCCUAAGGCCUAUAUAAUCCAACCACAAUAGGAAGACGAAGGUAUGAGUAAGUUUAUUAGAAGGAAGAUAAUAAGAUCUUUUCUAUUUCUCUAAUGGGUUCUUUAAUCGAUCAUUCCAUAACUGUCGAUCAUUGGAGUGGGCCGGAUAAUGUAGAAUUAAGGAUUUCGAUUCGAGAUGAGGAGAUGGCGGAGUGCCGGAUCUGUCAAGAAGAAGAAUUCCCUUUCAAGCUUGAAGCUCCUUGUGGAUGCUCUGGAAGUAUUAAGUAUGCGCAUCGCGCGUGUGUACAAAAAUGGUGCAAUGAGAAGGGGAACACCAUCUGUGAGAUUUGCAAUCAGGCUUACAUGAGUGGUUACACCGCAAUCCCACGGCGAGAAGAGAGGAGGCUUAUUGGGAAUGCAAAUGCUAGGAGCAGGGAACAACGGUACACACGCAUUCGAGAUUCAGCUGCAGACGGACAUGAUUCUGAGAUUAGAGCUAAAUCGGGUCUUGCCUUCUGCUGUGGUUCAGCUUCAAUAGUUUUGCUAGCUCUAGUUUUUCUCCAACAUGUUCUAUCAAUCAUAGAUGCGCUGGACGGCGAUAAUUCCUCCAUGUUACUCAUGAUUUUGGUUCUUAGAGCUACUGGUUUUCUACUUCUUUGUUACAUUACCAUUGGAGCAAUGUGCAUACUACGACGAGCGCAACAUGGGGACCACGUGGGAACGGUGGAGCGAAGGGAUGCUAUUGUUUACUUCAUCUUCCUUUUUUCUUCUUUUUUAUUCUUUUUCCAUCAAAGUCUCAAUUAGCACCAUAUUCUUUCCCGUACAUAUUUUCGAGAUCAUUGCAAAUUGUAAUUUGUUUUCCAUCCAAAUGCAUUCAUUGUAAAUGAAAGGAAGUAGUAAGCUAGGAGCUUGCUCUCUCAUUGCUAAGUAAUCUAUACAUUUAAUUCUUUCAAUCUUUUCUUAUGAAUUUCCUUAAGUAUUUGUGUUCUUUAGCUUUGCUUUGAGGCUUUUGUUUUUGUUUUUUUUUUUUCCUCUUUAGUCCGGAGUGUGGGCUUUUCAUUCUAAUCCUUAACUUAGGUGUAAACUUUUUAUUUAUUUUUCUCUAAUGCAGAGUUUGGAUUUAUUUUACCAUUUCCAUUAUAAAUUUAGGUAAAUUGGUGAUAAUUAUUUACUAUGUGAAUUUUAUGCAUGCCACGGUUUUGAUGUGAUAGAUUUGCUCAAACUAAGGAGUAGAAAAAUGGAAUGGUAAAAUUUGUGAGUAGAGCUGGGUAUUGAGUUGAGUCACAUUGAGUUAGGGUUGACUCGACUCAAUCCGGUUUUGAAAUAGGCCUGACUUGAAC